AAUUCUCGCAGAACAGAUGAGCUAGCCAAUGAGCACACAACAAGCGACCUGCUUCUCACACACACACGCACCCACUGAACACCACGCGUUCUCAGACAGCCAGACAAACACGGCGGACGGAGAGCGGCAGAGACUAGUUGUGUAACUAGAAACAAAAGGAACAGAGGAGGAGAAUAGAAGCGUGUUGAGAAGAGGGAGAGAAAAAGAGGAGAAAGAGUUGCCUUAAAGAGUGCCAUUUGAGACUCUCACACAGCUAGUGUGGGGUCCAGUCUUUGGCAGAAAGAGAGCAUCCUUUCGGAGACAAAGUGAGCGAGGCUCAGACAAAAAAAAAGAGAGAGAGAGAGCUAGAGAAGGGGUUGAAAGUGACAAAAAGUCAGCUAGUUUGAUUAGCAGGGCGAUCGGAGAGUCCCGCUCCUCAUUACGACUUCUAUACGCGUUCUGACCAGCAAACUCGGAUCAGACAUGCUGCUGCUGGACGAACCGGACCCCCUUACAGACCAGCCAAAGGGCGCUGCGUUCAGCUCAGAGAAUGAAGCUCAGGGCGGCGACUCGUCGGGAUGGCAGUGCACGCCGCCAUCGUCCACAUCCUCCUCGGGCGAGGCGCCCUCGCAGCCACCCUCGGGCCCCGCCGCCCGGCCCGCCAGCCACAGCCCCUCGGCGCUGGCCUUCAGCGGAACCAAGAAACGGAGCUCCAAGCCCGCCCACCUGAGGAGGAACAUCAGGAAGCUGCUGCGGGAGCAUCAGCUGGAAACAGGCACUAAGACUGCCCAGCAGGAGGAGCUAGAGAGACGGAGGCGUCUGGAACAGCAGAGGAAAGACCUCCCCUCAGGCUCACCCUCAGCCUACUCCCAAACACCAGGGGACGAGUCCCUGAGUGCAUCUGCUCAGGUGUCUAAACAAGAGCUAAUCUGUCUAGACACCAGCACCAGCAGCCUAGACGCCUGUGAGGACGAUGGCAAGGCGUCACCGCUCUCAACGCUCACAGCUAAAGAAGAUGUGAUUGAGCUGAGUUCCAGUGAAGAUGACUCCCUGCACACCAGCAGACGAGCAAUUAAUGAGGACGAAGAAGAGGAGGAAGAGGCGGGCCCUGGCACUGAGGAGAGCUGCGGCGCGCACGCCAACGACAACCUUAACCAACCAGACGCUCAGGGGCGUGUCCUGGUUAACGUCAAUCACCCAGCCGAUGAGAGUGACAUCUACCUCUCCCCCCAGCUGGCCAGGGUGGUCAAGCCCCACCAGAUCGGUGGGAUCAGAUUUCUGUAUGACAAUCUGGUGGAGUCGGUGGAGCGCUUCAAGAGCAGCAGUGGCUUCGGCUGCAUCCUGGCCCACAGCAUGGGCCUGGGCAAAACCCUUCAGGUCAUCUCCUUCAUCGACAUCCUACUGCGCCAUACUGAAGCUCACACCGUCCUCGCCAUAGUCCCUGUGAACACGCUUCAGAACUGGCUGUCGGAGUUCAACCUUUGGGUCCCGCCCGCUGAAGCCCUGCCUCCCAACACUGACCCCGCCCACGCUAUGCCACGUUCCUUCAAGGUCCACAUCCUCAACGACGAGCACAAAACCACGGCGGCCCGUGCCAAGGUGGUGGAGGACUGGCACAGGGAUGGCGGUGUGCUGCUAAUGGGCUACGAAAUGUACCGGCUGCUGUCGCUCAAGAAGAGCUUCGUGGCUGGCCGCAAGAAGAAAGCCAAGAAGCCCACCGGGCCGGUCGUCAUUGACCUGGACGAGGAGGACCGCCAGCAGGACCUGCUGAAAGGCAUUGAGAAGGCUCUGUCUUGGCCUGGACCUGACGUGGUGAUUUGCGACGAGGGGCACCGCAUCAAGAACUGCCACGCAAGCACGUCGCAGGCGCUCAAGGGCAUCCGCACGCGGCGUCGCGCGGUUCUGACGGGCUACCCGCUGCAGAACAACCUGAUCGAGUACUGGUGCAUGGUGGACUUUGUGCGGCCCGACUUCCUGGGCACACGGCAGGAGUUCAGCAACAUGUUCGAGCGGCCCAUUCUGAACGGGCAGUGCGUGGACAGCACACCCGAGGAUCUACGGCUCAUGCGCUACCGUAGCCACGUGCUGCACAGCCUGCUGGAGGGCUUCGUGCAGAGGCGGGGUCACGACGUGCUGCGCUCCCAGCUGCCUCCGAAGCAGGAGCAUGUCAUCCUGGUGCGCCUGUCCCCCCUGCAGAGGGCGCUCUACACCGAGUUCAUGAACCGCUUCCAAGAGGCCGGCAACAGCGGCUGGCUCAGCCUCAACCCCCUCAAGGCCUUCUGCGUCUGCUGCAAGAUCUGGAACCAUCCAGAUGUCCUCUAUGAGGCGUUACAGAAGGAAAACCUGGCCAAUGAGCAGGACUUGGACCUGGACGACAUCCCCACCAACCAGAACCGUUGCCCUGCCCCCAACCAGAAGAGCAAGCAGGCAGAGAUGACCAGCAGUGAGGGAGGGCUCAGCCUCUCCGCCCUGCAAGAGAGGGCCAACCAGGUCCUCUCCUACGAAUGGGCAAAGGACAUCAUGGCUGAUUACAAGACUGGGCUUUUGGAGAACUCUGCCAAGAUGGUGCUGCUGUUCCAUCUUAUUGAUGAGAGUGUUAGGAAUGGCGACAAAAUCCUGGUCUUCAGUCAAAGCCUGUCCACUCUAUCAGUUAUCGAGGAGUUUUUGGCCAAGAGAAUGAUGCCUGAAACCAGGGCAUCCAGUCUGAAACAGAACUGGGUUCGCAACGUCAACUACUACCGAUUGGAUGGAAGCACGUCUGCCUCUGAAAGGGAGAGACUCAUAAACCAGUUCAACGAUCCAGCAAACACCUCAACCUUGGUCUUUCUGCUAUCCACCAGGGCUGGCUGCCUCGGGGUGAACUUGAUCGGUGCGAACCGUGUGGUGGUGUUCGACGCCUCCUGGAACCCUUGCCACGACGCACAGGCGGUGUGUCGGGUGUAUCGCUACGGGCAACGGAAGCCCUGUCACAUCUACCGGCUGGUGUGUGACUUCACCCUGGAGAAGAAGAUCUACGACAGGCAGAUCUCCAAACAGGGCAUGUCAGACCGCGUGGUGGACGACCUGAACCCCGUCCUGACGUUCACUCGGCGGGAGGUGGAGUCCCUGCUGCACUUUGUGGAGGAGGAACCGGAGCCGGACGAGUCAGCCAGGUUGCUGCAGUCGCAGCAGGACAUGGAGCUGGUCAUCAAACAGGCCUGCCAACGCUACCCCCACCUCAUCACCAAGCAACCUUUCCAUCACGAGUCUCUGCUGAUAGACCGUCGUGAUCUCAAACUGUCCAAGGCGGAGAAGAAAGCUGCUAAGAAGGGCUACGAGGUGGAGAAGCGGGCAUCUGUGCCCUAUACGCGCCCCUCCUAUGCCCACUACUACCCUGCCAGUGACCAGAGCCUCACCAACAUCCCAGCCUUUAGCCAGCGCAACUGGCGACCUCCACCAAGGCAGGAGGAGAAGCCGAUGGCCAGUGUCCGGCCCGUCCAGUCGACUCCGAUUCCAAUGGCGCCACGGCAGGCGUCCCAGGGAACAGGCCCUGCCUCCUCCGCUUCUGCAAGCUCCAACUCGGCUCUGAGCUUCAACCUCAACAAUCUGCAGAAAGCUGGCGUGUUUGUCCAGAAGAUCGUCACCACCACAGACAUUGUCAUUCCGGGUACCAACAGCACUAAAGACGUCCAGACCCGGAUACCUGCGGGAGAGAGCAUCCAUGUCAUCAGAGGAACUAAAGGGACCUACAUCAGGACCUGUGAUGGAAGAAUCUUUGCAGUCCGAGCAGCUGGAAAGCCUAAACAGGAAGGCUCAGCCACUGAUAAAGAUGUGGUGCACCCUGAGAAAGAGGCUCAUAGCAGCGCCACCAAUGGGAGCGUUUCCGUUUCUCCUGAGCGCAAAAGGUCCUCCCCGGAGGACGGGGUGUCUGACCUCCUGCCUCGACCGCUGUCGCCGGACAGCCCUGAGAUCCUGAGCGAGCUCCAGCGCUUCAUCAAGCCGCCGGCCCACGGCCUGCCCACUGCCACGCAUGGAGCCGCCGCCCAGGAGAACGGAGGGCCGCCCGUCAAACCAGUGCCCUCGAAAGAGCCCUCCCUGCCGGCCAGUGACGCCCACCCCCUGCCCCUGGAUCUGCGUGCCAGCAAGCGCAAGUCUGCCCCGGCUGUCGAGGAGAGGGACCUCGACCAGCCACCCAUGCCCAAGCGGAGCCCCACCACCCACGCCCUGCCGCCAGGGUUCCCCUUCACCGGCACCUACGGGCUGAACCCCGGCCUGAACCCCUCCCUGCUGGGCUCCAUGUGCCACCCUCUCUUCAUGGGACCGGGCUCGCCCUACUUCCAGCCCCACGCUCCGCUGGCUGACCCACGGCUCAUGUUCCCCAUGACCCCAGACCCUUUCAGUCUUCCCCGCUCCUCCCCCUCCUCUUCAUCCUCCCCCUCCUCUGCCUCGUCCCUGUCCACCACCAACACCAAAACUACACCCUCUUCCUCCUCUGCCUUCACCUCAUCCUCUUCCUCCUGCACAACCUCCUCCUCCAUGUCUCCAUACUUACUCCGGCCUGGCAUGGCGGGCAUGCUGCCCCCGGGGUUCCCCCUGACGUACGGCCAGGCCCUGGGCAUGUACCCCAACUCCCUGCUGCCUGCUGGCAUGCCGGCCGCCACGCCUGGUCCUGCCGGGACCAGCUUCCUGUCCCGCUUCCCCUCCUCAAGCCUGCAAGGGCCUGCACUCAACACCCCGCCUCUCGCCGCCGACAACGAGAGCAGUAGCAGCGGCAGCAGCCACAUGGACGACAGCGAUGAUAUCAUCGAGGUGACGGGCCAAUAGGUGGCCUCAGCGAAGGUCCUGUGACGAGGCCUCGGGCCGCAGGGGUUGGGUGAUUCGGCAGAAUUAAGAGAUUGCUUUUGAAAAAAAAAAAAAAAAAAAAAUUCUGACUGAGUCGAUUUUUUGCCAACCCACCCCUUAACAUGGGUCCCAUCUCAACAACCCAGGCCCAGAAUGUGAAGCAGCAGUGUGUCUGACUGAGAGAGUGGACUGCGAAAGCUACAAAUCCUAAUGCUGUAUAUCUUAUUUAACAAGAGGAGAAAAGACUGAGGAGAAAACGAGCCCUUGGACUUCCAGCAUUGUGUACUGCACUCUACCUGCGCGAGACUUGCAGUUAGUCCUCCUGACCAAGGAGGGCACUCUGCUUUCUGCUCUGAUCAGCUCGAGCUUCAAUUUUUUCAACUGUUUGCAUUUAUCUAGCAGGUGGUAGUAGAUGGUAGAGAACAUUAGCCAAGCUGGUAGUUGUUAAACGAUAGUCAUGCCUGUUUGGUCGAAAGAAAACAAUAUCAUUGAUUGUUUUGAUUGAUUACUGUUAUUGCUACUAUUUUAGACAUUUUAGAAAUGGUGGUUAUCAAUCGUAAUUGACAAUGUUUGAAAACUGAUCCUUUCUUCUUGAGGUUACAUUAUGGGACAGAAAAUAUUUGACUUCUUUAAAUAUUCUUUUUUGUUUAAAUCGAAAGAUGGAUGUGCAAAAAUGGAAAGGGUGCAAAGAAUAACCUAAUAGGGCUGAAGCAUAAAAAAGAACAUGGCGAGAAAUGAAAAAGACCUUAAACUCAACGAAUGUAUCAUUAUUUGCGCCUUUAACGCAGUGUUUGUGAGCACAGGCCUUAGAGACAUUUGACUGAAGACCAUUUGAUACUCGUAUUUUUUCUUGUUGUGUUUUCUAAUGUGACGUUGUUACUGUGGUACAAUCUUGUUGUCAAAAUUAGCAGCCUGAACAUCACACACACAGACAGAGGAAACAUCCUUGAAGACAGACGUGUCAAGAUGGUGUUUUCACUACACCUCCGACCUUAACUCGGGGCGGGGGCAUCAGCCCAGAGAGUUUCCUGGCAAAUGCCGUGGGUGUUCAAUGCCUUGCCGCUGCGUCGCUUGAAUGUCAUUGAGGAAGCUGAGGAACAGGGAAGCGAGUGUUUCCUUGAUCCUCCCACCCCAUAGUCUUAUUGGAGCUGAGCUUAUGUAUGUAACACCAUAAAAAGCUGUCUAAUUGUGGGUUAGGGUCUCAUUCAGUGCAGUCUGCGCUGUCAUUUCCCUCCUGUAUUUCUGUCUGUCUUCGCUCAACACAAAAGGGUUCACUUGACUUUUCGACCCAACCCUUUCAUUGUUUUGUUGUGACACCAACACAUAGGUUCAAAGAAACUAACAAAAAAAAACAACACAGGGUGUAGUUGCUCAUACCAAAAAAUAUUUAAGAAGUAUCAAAUUUGAGAGAAAUUGUGAAAUUUGUAAAGGAAUGCUGUGCCAAAACAGUAAUUAUGUCCCUAAUGUCAUCUCUCACUAAUGGGGAAUGUUGUGAAAAGAGACCAAAACAUUUACAACAUACUUGAAGUAUAUUUCAAGGAUGUAAAAGAGAUGAUCAGAGAGGAGCCAUAUGACAAGGCUCUCAGAAAGAAAGAAAAAACUUGAGCAACAGGACGAAUUUUGCAGGCAGUCAUCACCAAAAUGCUGAAUCGUGGUAACUAUAACUAUGUGACUUACAGCGAAGCAACUUACUAGUAAUUUUUACCAUGUACUGUAUAAAAUUCAUUUAACACAAGCAUUCAGGAGUUCCUGAUUCAUUUACAGGUUGUGUGUUUUCUUUUUGUGUCUGGUGGAUCAGGGGCAUUGCUUCAUUUUGUUGUGGCAUUGCUUUGCUGUGUUUACAAAUGCCAACCGGUUUCUGUUUUUCACCCAAAUCUUCCCUCAUUGUCCUGUGUCAUAGAAGAAGGGUCCACUGCACCUAAAUUCCAUUGGUUAGUCUAGACAAAAAGAUAUACAUAAUUUAUCUUCUGUCUCACUGUAACCGAAAAAUCCAAACAUUCUAUUGAAGUACUUUCACUUUUCAACCCCAUUUUCUGUACCAUACUUCCGUUGCUGGUUUACCUGUGUUUUUUAGUCCUCUUUUUUGUCUGAGGUUUGACAAUUUACCAAAUUAAUUUAUUUAUGACAUUGCAUAUUUAUUCAUUUGUAUUUUUUAUUUUUGUACUUUUUUUUAAAAAAAUGGGGGAUUUUUACUCUUGACGCCGAAUGGCUCCACUCUGACGCUUUAGUGGUUUAAGGAGGGUGUAGUGUGUGUACGAUGGUGUUUGAUGACCUUCUGACACAAAGCAGAAUCAGGACCAAUGUGAACUGGUGUCGUGGAUUGCGUGGGUCUCGGUGAGCCCACAUCCACCGCACAUGCUCAGAGCGAGGGUGUGCCGUUCAGUGCCCCUGCACACCUGUGAUGUCAUUCCUGGUGGCCAAGAUCCCUUAAGUGUUCAGUGUUUUUUCUUUUUUUUCCAAUAUCUUUUUAAUGAUUGCUUUUGUUUUCUUUUUUUAUUUCAUUUUUGUCAUAGCUAACUACUUGAACAGAAGUAUUUAUUUGUCAUAGGAAGGGUCGGUAUAGGUGAACAGGCGGCUGCUCUGGAUUCUAAUCUGUGAGGAGAAUUUGAACUGCUAAAAGCUGCUGAGGAUCAGACAGCCUGUUCUGGAAGAACUACAUUCAUAACUAAUCUGUAUCGGCUUUUCAGUCCAUUCUCUUUUUCUUUUCCUUUUUUUUGGAAGUUUGUGAAUAAAAACAAAUUAAAUGUUA